UUUUGACGGUUCGGUUUGCGGAAGUCUUGUGUUUAAUUAUUUAUGUGUAGAAAAAAAAAUUAUUUUAAAACGAUAAAAACGUAUUGAAAAAAUUAAUAGUAAUUUGUGUUUAAUAAUUUAAUUUCAAUAUGGAAUUAAAUCAUGUGAUAACGGAUAAUGGCGGUGAUCCUAACCAAUUUCAGAAACAACCUGUGGAAACAGUAACCAGUCCACAACCCCACACAAAAGAAAGAUCCAAACCGAACUUAUUAUACGCAAUAAAUGAUAAUCCACCAUGGUAUCUCAGCAUAUUUCUAGCACUACAGCACUAUUUAACAAUGAUUGGAGCCAUUGUUUCAAUACCUUUCAUAUUAACACCAGCGCUGUGCAUGUCCGAUGAGGAUCCAAAUCGUGGUGUUAUUAUCUCCACAAUGAUAUUCGUUACCGGUAUAGUUACAUAUAUACAAGCAACAUGGGGUGUACGUCUGCCUAUAGUGCAAGGUGGCACUAUUUCAUUUUUGGUGCCAACGUUAGCUAUACUGGCAUUACCGCAAUGGAAAUGCCCACCAGAGAAUGAAUUUAAUGCAAUGGAUGAGGGUGAACGUAAUGAACUUUGGCAAAUACGUAUGCGCGAAUUAUCGGGUGCUAUAGCUGUAUCAGCUAUGGUGCAAGUUAUAUUGGGUUAUACGGGUCUUGUUGGAAAAAUAUUACGGUUUGUUACACCGUUAACAAUUGUACCAACAGUUUCUUUAGUAGGAUUAACAUUAUUCGAACAUGCAGCUGAAACGGCGUCCAAGCAUUGGGGAAUUGCUGUGGGUACAACAGCUAUGUUGACUUUAUUUUCGCAAGUAAUGGCAAAUGUUACAGUACCGUUUCCGGUUUAUAGAAAGGGACAUGGUAUUGAAAUACGAAAAUUUUUACUCUUCCGCCUAUUUCCGGUGUUAUUAACAAUUGGUAUUAUGUGGGGACUUUGUGGCAUUUUAACGCUUACAAAUGUCUUUGAAGAGGGGCACCCCUCACGUACUGAUGUUCGUUUAAAAGUAUUAACGAACGCAAAAUGGUUCUAUGUACCUUAUCCCGGUCAAUUUGGUUUACCUUCAGUUACUUUAUCUGGAGUUUUGGGUAUGUUAGCUGGCGUUUUGGCAUGUACAGUUGAGUCUAUCAGUUAUUAUCCAACCGUGUCACAAAUGGCGGGUGCCCAAUCACCACCAUUGCAUGCUAUAAACCGUGGAAUUGGCACAGAAGGCUUGGGUACUGUGUUGGCAGGUCUUUGGGGCGCUGGUAAUGGUACUAAUACUUUCGGCGAGAACGUUGGAGCAAUAGGUGUAACUAAGGUUGGCUCACGUCGUGUUAUACAAUGGGCUGCCCUCAUUAUGUUACUGCAAGGUGUUAUAGGAAAGCUCGGUGCUAUAUUCAUUAUGAUACCGGACUCUGUUGUGGGUGGCAUAUUUUGUGUUAUGUUUGGUAUGAUUGUGGCUUUUGGAUUGUCGACAUUACAAUAUGUUGAUUUGCGUUCAGCGCGUAAUUUAUACAUUUUGGGUUUAUCUAUGUUUUUCCCCAUGGUGUUGUGCAGGUGGAUGCAACAGCAUCCUGGUGCUAUAAAAACUGGAAAUGACACUUUGGAUUCAACUUUAUCUGUAUUAUUAGGUACAACUAUAUUAGUUGGUGGCUUAUUAGGUUGUUUUCUCGAUAAUAUUAUACCAGGUACUGCCGAAGAAAGGGGUCUUAUUGAGUGGGCGAAUGAAAUGCCUUUGGGUGAUGAUAAUAUUAAUGAUGGUACUGCUACCGAUUUCGAUUUUCCAGCGGGUAUGGAAACUCUGAGAAAUUGGAAAUGGACUUACUAUGUACCAUUUCUACCUACAUAUAAGUUGCAGAAACAAAGUUAGCUUUAGAAAUACUUUUCCUAAAUGAUAUAGAAACAAUUUAUUUUUAUUUUUAUGCAUAUGUUAUUAGUAUUUUUAAUAAAAUUUAAGAAAGAAACUCUCACCAAUAUUCUCGAUCGUCAACUGACAUUUUGUAGAUGGUCCAUAUGCUCCAUCAAUUUUAUAACAUACCACAUCUAUAAUUAAAAUGCGGGUGUUAAAGACUCGUAUCUUUCGUAUAUUGUCAGCAGAAUAGUAUAAAGGGACAUACAAUACCCAAAGGGCAGAGGUGGCUUAAAAACUAAUUCAAAGCUCAUACAAAAAGAUUUAAAUAAUCAAUAUCCACUGUACUUCCAAAUAUGACGUCUCAGUGGACAAACUACAAGCUAUAUAUUUAAACAUAUUAAAUUUGAUUUAAUGAUAAUUUUUAACCGUCUCGGCAGAUUAUCGAUUGGGAACCACUGAUCUAGAAUGUAAAUCUUAUAGAAUAUGAAAUGGAUGUCACUGAAUAACUGUUCGUGGGUUCAAAGUAUGAUGAAUGAACUGAAUAAUGAAGUUGUUGUUGUUUCAUGAUGAACUUAUUUUUUUUUUUGUA